GGUUCGGAUAUUCUCCGGGAAAAUUCUAUUUGGUAGAUGGUCCCUAAUGGUCUGUCAAAAUUCAUACUUCACGUACAAAUCGCGAAAAUUCCUCCCGCCAUACUCGCCUUGCAAUCUUUUACCGCAAGCCAGCAUAAACCAAACGCUAAGAUCUUCCUCGAUUUCUACCGACAUAAUAAAAAGAAGAAGAUGAUCCGUCUCUGUCUGAUACGCCGCCCUUAUUAUCGUUUCCCUCUCCGUCGUCAUAUCUCUUCCUCCUCUAAAAACAACACCGAAACUCCUAAUAAUAUAAGAAAUCCCCAAAAUGCCCCUCAACUAUCGCCGCCGCCGCCACCGAUCUCACCUCAAUUUAUUCAGAAUUCUCUUUCUCCUCUAUCCACCCCCAAUGAUUCCUCACUCUCGAGAACUUCUAUUUUUUCCAUCUCCGCUACCGUCCUCUCCGCACUGAUCGCUUCCGUCGCUUUUUUCCCCAACGACAACUCUAACGAUAACAAUAAGAGAAAUACUAAUCCAAUUCACGAAGUAAUUGAAAGAACGUUUCAUAAGUCAAACGAGUCAUUUAGAAGAGUUAUUAACCAUGUAAAGCACACGGGCAUCGCGGCUUCGAUUUUGUGGCAAUCUCUGAGUUCGGUUUUGUCGACUGCGAAUCACGAGGUGAGGGCGGGAUUCGAGUUAAGGGUGGCGGCGCUGCUAGCGGAUAUUUCAGCGGCAAAUGCAGCGCGGAGGGCGGCGAUUGUGGGUGCGGGAGGAGGGAAAGUGGUUGAUUGGUUGUUGGAGACGGUGGCGGUUGGUACGGAUGGGUGUGGGACUCAGGCGGAGGCGGCAAGGGCGCUUGCUUACUUGAUUGCUGAUCCUAAUGUGUCUAAGGAUGUUUUAGGGCGGCCUUGUGCUGUGCCUAAUUUGUUGAGGUUUAUUUUUUCGUGUCAGCCUAGGUCGAAAAAGCAUUCACGACAUAGUUCAUUCGAUAUUUCUGAUUCUCUGAAAGGUAGGAGCAUGCUUGUGGCUGCCAUCAUGGAUGUUGUCACAUCCAACUGUGAUAGUUUAGAAAAGGCAUCAUUUAUCCCAUCACUGCCAGGAAAUGCUGAAACAAGGGAUAUUGCAGCAGCUAUAGAAGUUAUUGAGGAAGGUGGAAUGCAUUUUGAUGAGCCACAUAGAAAUGAUGAUGACGAUGAUGGUGGUGGAAAAGGAAUGAAGGGGAUAGGGAUUAAAAUUCUUGAAGGUACAACAGUUUUAGGGCUUUCAAGGACUAGUGAGCUUAUGGGAUUGGGAAACUCUGAUGAUGUUGAAGUAGAAUCGGUUAGAAGUGCUCCUAAAACCCUUGCCUUGCUAAAUAAGCAUGGUAGUUCAUCAGCACAAGAGAAUUUGUCUGCUUCUGUUGUUCCUGGUCUGUGGGAUGACUUGCAUUGUCAACAUGUUGCAGUGCCUUUUGCUGCUUGGGCAUUAGCCAAUUGGGCAAUGGCAUCAGGGACCAACAGAUCUCAUAUUCAAGAAUUGGAUCAAGAUGGGUACGCUGUCAUGAGUGCUUUAACAGCACCUGAGAGAUCUGUGAAAUGGCAUGGGAGUUUGGUGGCCCGUUUGCUCUUGGAGGAUUGUAAUCUGCCACUAAAUGACUCUGUUUCUGAUUGGAGUUCCAGUCUUCUUUCAACUUUUUCUCAGGCAAGUAAGAAUGAAGACAUUCCAUUGGCUCUGGUGGCAUUAUCUGCUUUUUCAGUUUCUAUAGAGAGAAGCCCUCUUGCACAAAAGGUAGUGAUGGAAAAAGGUCUUCAGUUGAUGAGAGACGCAGCCAAGCGUACAAUAAAGCAUAAGGAGGUACAAGAAGCCUUGGCAAAGGCUUUGAAAUUGCUUUCCACUGGGGACAUGCAUCUAUCUCUUGAAGAAAGUGAAAAAUGGUCUGGCAUAUUGAUUCCUUGGGUUUUUGGAAACUCCUCUUCUGACACGACCCGGUCUUCAGCUGCAAGAAUUUUAACAUGCAUUCUUGAAGAGUAUGGGCCAUCAUCCAUACCCAUUUCUCAAGGAUGGUUAGCUAUUUUGCUAAAUGAAAUCCUGGAUUACUGCAAGACAUCCACUAAUAAACGUGGCACACCACCUAAAAGUGAUAAAGUGAAGACUCAGAUUGAUCAGUCAAAUGUCCUUUUUGCCACACAGACUGUUAAUCAAUUGGCAGGUGCUGUUGUUAAUCUGGCUGGAAAGCAAAUGGGGACAACUGCUGAAUCUGUUGAAACGUUUCCACUGGCAGAUCUUCUUUCUUUGGAACCUUUUGCAGGACUCUUUAAAAAUUUGAAGAAAGAUAGUUUACCUAAAGUUGAUGCCACAGAUUCUGCUCUAGCAACACUUAAGGGUAUCAAAGCACUGACAGAACUUUGUGAUGAAGAUUCUGUAUGUCAGAACAAAUUAGCCAAUUUUGGGAUUUUGAGCUUGCUGAAACGCUUUUUGUUACAUGACGAUUAUGAGAGGCUUGCUGCUAUGGAAGCUUAUGAUGCUUCAAGAGCUCUAGAGGCAGAAAAGAGGGUUUCAGAUGUUCCUGGUGAAGCAUCUAAAACUAUUUCAGAUGCAAAUAAUCCAUUGAGUGUCCGAGUUCCCCCAACUGCUCACAUUCGAAGGCAUGCAGCUCGGCUUUUAACUGUCCUUUCAGUGCUUCCUGAUGUCCAGAAGGCUGUUAUAGCUGAUGAAACUUGGUGUAAGUGGCUUGAGGAUUGUGCAAAUGGAAAGAUCCAAGGUUGCGGUGACCUUAAAAUUCAAAGUUAUGCUAGGGCCACUCUGUUAAAUAUAUUUUGCAACCACCAAGUUGGUGGAGAUUCUGCCAAAGGUAAUGUUCUUGGAACAGAUACCGCAAAUAAAAGUAGAAUUUGUCCUCAUUAUAAUGACAAGAUAUUCUUAAUUAACCCUGAACUGCCCCACUGGAAGUGUCCUGAAAAUAAAGAUCAAGAUGAUAUUCAGAGAGAUAAGCCAUCUGGUGAGUCUGAUUCUCUUAACAGUGAGGGUACACUUGUAACCGGAGCUUCAAAUGAUGGUAACUUGUCUAGUUCUGUCAAUGCAUCACAGAACAGCCCAAAAUCAGAGGUUCCCCAACUAGAUAUUGUUUUUGUCCAUGGGUUGCGUGGUGGACCUUAUAAGACAUGGCGCAUUUCCGAGGACAAAGUAUCUACAAAGUCUGGUUUGGUGGAGAAGAUUGAUCAGGAAGCUGGGAAGCUAGGCACAUUUUGGCCAGGUGAAUGGCUUUCAGUUGACUUCCCUCAUGCUCGCUUGUUUUCUCUCAAAUACAAGACAAAUCUUACACAAUGGUCUGGAGCUAGCCUGCCACUUCAGGAAGUGAGCUCCAUGCUGCUGGAGAAGCUUGUUGCUGCGGGUAUAGGAAACCGCCCGGUUGUGUUUGUGACACACAGCAUGGGGGGUCUGGUUGUCAAGCAGAUGUUGCAUAAAGCAAAAGCAGAAAAUAUUGAUGAUUUUGUGAAAAACACAGCUGGAAUUGUUUUUUACAGUUGCCCACAUUUUGGAAGCAAACUGGCAGACAUGCCUUGGCGAAUGGGCCUUGUGCUUCGCCCAGCUCCAACUAUCGGGGAAUUAAGAAGUGGUUCUCCAAGAUUAAUAGAACUUAAUGACUAUAUUCGUCAACUGCAUAAGAAAGGGAUGCUUGAAGUCCUUAGUUUCUGUGAGACCAAGGUAACUCCAAUUGUUGAAGGUUAUGGAGGAUGGGCCUUCCGUGCGGAAAUUGUACCGAUUGAAUCAGCAUAUCCUGGAUUUGGAGAACUUGUUGUAUUAGAGUCGACAGAUCAUAUAAAUUCAUGCAAACCGCUCGGUCGGACAGAUCCUUCUUAUGUAAAAAUUUUAGAAUUUUUGGAUAAGCUGAAAUCCAACCAUACAUGAAGAUGCUUCUCAACUCACUUUGUUGAGGUUUUUUUCUUUUUUUUUAAUUUUUCUGUGAUAAUUAUACUGGGGUGGAGUUUUGGAGGUGCGCAUUGAUUUAGAAGUGAUUGUGGGGAACAAAUUUCGUUGAUCCGAAGACAGCAUGUUAACGAACCAGUUAGGUAGCAUUCUGUAAAUUGUAUUCUUCACUUAACCAUAGCUUGUACAUCAUUCCCUUAUUCUUUUAACCUCUAGCUGUACAUCAGAUGUUGAAAUUCAGCUCUGUAUAUUGACCUGUAAAGUAGGUUUCUAAAUGUUGUACAAUACUUUUCAAGAGAAAGAGAGAUGAGCAUCUUUACAAAUGCUUGCUAAUUGCCAA